AUGGAGCAAAUCAAUGAAUAUAUCUGCAGGUACAAAAACUACAAUUUCGCAACUGGCUUAACAACAGCAGAGUACAUAGACUCACUACAGAAUUUUCAAAUAAGGGACAAUGACAUAUUCCUUGUCACUUAUCCAAAGUCAGGCACAAUAUGGACUCAGCAGAUCAUCAUCUCCAUCUGUGAGGUGAGUGGGGGUCUGAAAGAAUAUCCCAACAACUUGGAGCAGAUGCCGUGGCUGGAGUACACGGAGCGUCGCCCAGACUAUACUUUACGUCCUUCUCCAAGACUUUUUGCCUCUCACCUCAGCACGGCUCUCAUGCCUCCAGGGCUGAAGGACAAGAAGGAAAAGGUUUAUCAUGUACUGUAUGUGAUGCGUAACCCUAAGGACAACGCUGUCUCUUAUUACCACUUCAGCAAAACCUUUUCAGGCCUGGAGCUUCCGAAGAGCUUUGAGGCCUUUUUGGAGCAGUACCUGAGUGGCAAUGUUGCAGGAUCUUCCUGGUUCGAUCACGUCAAGGACUGGCAUUCAAAGAAAGACCAGUACAACAUCCUCUUCCUGACAUAUGAGGACAUGAUCUUGGACCUGAAGGCAGCUGUAACCAAGAUCUGCAGCUUCUUGGGGAAGAACCUCAGUGAAGAAGCCAUUGAGCAAGUCGUAGAAAAAUGCACCUUCAAGACAAUGAAGAAAGAUCCAAAAGCCAACUACAAGUUUCUGCCACAAGAAAAGAUGAGUGGCGAUUUCCUCUUCCUGAUUGAUGCAUUAUUUCAUUCAUUAUUGCAUUUAUUAUAUUCUUAAUUUUAUAUCGUGCAAGCCAGUUUCUCCUCAUAUUAGGGCUGGAAAUGCGCACAGUGAUUUUACUUGUGGAAAUUUUGAAAAAAUGUAGAGGAAUUACAUUUAUACCACAGAUCAGUGGACAGAUAUUGAUUCCUAUUUCAUGUUAUUAUGUAUUUAUAUUAUGGUAUUUUGUCAGGCGAGGUGAGGCCCUGCCUCCCCUGACCGCAUGUCACUGCCAAGAUCAGCCUCUCUCUCCCAGUGCUCUACUCCACUAAGGCAUUCUGCUACUUGGACCAUGUCUCUACCAGACCAAAACAGCCAAAUGACAAUGUUCACAUUCACUAACAGCAAGGCAACACAGACCCGACUGUUAUGUUGUUAUAUACUGUUAUAACAAUUACAUUUAGAUUUAACAUUUAGAUUUAACAUUUAACAUUUAGAUUUAACAUUUAAAAUUUAGAUUUACAUUUAACAUUUACAUUUAACAUUUAGAUUUAUCAUUUAACAUUUACAUUUAUAUUUAACAUUUACAUUUAGACUUUUGCACAUUUAACUAACUAUGAGAAACAUGUUGUGUCAUUUAGUUAAAUGUUAGAAAACUAGUUAUAGGUGCUCCUUUUACAUUCGGCACCCCAUAGUAACGUGCCUGACUGAGACUGCCUGAUCCUUAUAUGUAUUUCUGCCGCGCUUACCUGUUGACAACCUUGCCUGUUUUGGACCUGACUCUGCCUGCUCCCUUUUGUACUGUCGCUGAGCCUCCUCGUGUAUGACUCUGCCUGAAUUAACCACGAUUGUAUCAAUAAAUCCUGUCUCCAUUCAACCUGCAACCUUGUCUGACGCUGUGCAUGUGGGUCCGCCACCACCGAACGUUGCUGACAGUUUUAUUUAAUCCAUCCUAAAUAUGUGUGAUGUCACUCUGCUGGUUGAUGGGUUGAGUUUUAGCGUUUGGGGGGGUGCAACCAGCUGCUGGACCAAGUAAAUCAGUUUAACAAACAAACAAUAAAUAAAUUGGGAUGUACCAUAGGCUGGCACAUUCAUAACUAAACAAGUGCUGUACUGUGGUUUACUUUUGAAAUUACAGUAAUAUUAAUACCAAUAAUAGUGUUAAGGUGUGUGCAUACACUUAUGCAAACAUAUACAUUUAUCAUAUACAUACACAUAUACAGUACAUGGUUAUACAUAAUCUCAUUGUUCAUGUUAUGAACAUGUCUGAUAGCCUAGAAGACAAUUUAAUGCCCAAGUAUUUAAUGUUCCCCAAAUGGAGUGUGGUAGAAGAUAUGUUAUUCACCUUAAAGUUAACUGGUGGCACUAUAGAUUUUGUCCAGUUAAUAGAGUAUUCUAAAAGUCCUGAGAAUUCAUCAAUGAGGCUGAUUGUUCUUGUCAUGUCUUAAUAAACAAUUUAUUCUGUAUGACCUAUGAUUGUACAUAUGGGUCUAUUCCGUUAGUUUUGUGGGAAAUUUUGUGUUGUCAUGAAGUGCUGUGCCUCUGGCUGAUGGUUGUUCCUGGGGUGUCAACAAGCACAUCAAUAAAGAUUUAAACCAUC